AUCAAAUAAAAACAAAAGUACAAACGUGCAAACAAUGGCAACCACGCUAAGAAUCUGUGCUGUCUGGAUUGUUUUGUGUUUUGCGUUAACACAAGCUAAUAACUACUCCGAUCCGUACGGUUGCUAUGGGGACGUUUGCAACUAUGAAAGCCCGGCCCAGUUCUGUGAUAUAGUGUUAAGACAUUGUCGGCGUUGCGACGAGAUCCAAACCGACUGUUUUACCAGACAGCAAACGUUUAACUGCACAGAAUUUUGUUAUGAAACUCGAUAUAAACAAGCGGUUAAAGAACUUCGAGUUGCAGGAUGCCAAGUACCACCUCCUCCAGAACACGGACAAUUUAAAGACACCAGAAACCACGUGCCAUUCAAUGACACGUUAACAGUUAUUUGCGGCAGCGGUUAUACCCCUUUAUAUGACGAUCCCAUUAUAUGUGGCGAAUUCUCAACGUGGAGCGGACCGCUGCCGAUAUGUGAAAGUUCAACAAACUAUUAUCUCAUUUUGGCGAUCAUUCUCGGCGUUUGUUUUCUGCUGUCUUUGGUGGUAAAUGUAGUUAUUCUAAUCCGAACCGGCUGUUGUCGAUGGCUUAGGAAAAACAGUGAGAAGAAAACGUCGACUAAGGAAACUCAACGGCUACUAGAUUCAAAAGACAAUGAAAUACCUGUUCAAAUGGAAUCGUCCGGAAUCGACCGGUCAGCAGAUCUUACGCCAGUUUUUCCAUCCGCCCCAACAGAACAAGAACUUGACAAUUUGAAACGCAAGUCAGCCGACAAACAAUCAGAUUUAAAACUAGACGAAAUAGUCAUAAGUGACGAAAACCAUGAUGGAAGCGGUAUCUGUUCCCCUGCAAGCAACACCGGCGGUGCAAUAAAAUCAUUUGUACCUACCUUAGAGACGCAAAAGACGAAUUCCGAUGAAAUGGCAUCUACAAGGACCAAUAACAAAGGAUCAAAUUCCUCACCAAAGUCAUCACGUGAUGCGAACAUUCAAGAUCUGCGUGGUAGUGGCGGAACUUCAGUCGGGUCAAUUAUUCAUAAUCACAUAAACACCACGGUGAAUGUUUUUCCCCAAAAUGGAACCUGUCCUGCCACAGAAGAAAGCCAGCAACAGAACCCGGAGAGUACACCUGAGCUUUUAAAACGACCGGUUGAAGAGACUAAUUACACUGCGUCAGAAACAGUCAUUCCUAUAGAGCCAGAUGACAACGGCAAUGGUGAAGGUUGACAUUUGACAAAUGGUAAAAUCAUAAUACAGGUUUUCCAUUUAUAGAUUGUAACCAUAAAGGCAGAGUUAUUGGGGAAACAUAUUUAUAUUCUGAAAUGUACUGACAUAUAUCUAUUAGUUAUUUUAAUUUUUUAUUUCACGGAAUAAUAUCUUUCACUCCGUGCUUUUUUCAGUGUAGAAAUUGGUCUGUAAAAUUAAACGAUGUCGUAGCGACCCGGUCAUCUUACUCUGUAGAGCAAAAUGUUCUUGCUUUAUCACUAUAAGACCACAAUUUCUACUUUUGGCUGCACAAGCUGUUUUCUUCGAAACAAAUUGUGAACAAUCUAAGUGCUACAUUUAAUUUUACAAUUAUUUUAAUGAAAAAAGAAUUGUCAUCAUGCGAUUGUUACUUUUAUUUAUAUAAGGGAAACUGCGUUAAUGUUGGAAAAUAGGUUGACUGUGAUACUCUGUGCUGUUUGCCAUUGUAUAAUUUCGAAUUGUUAUUUUUCACGUUCUUCUGAAAUUAUGUUAAACAUUUAUAUAAGCAUAUUCAGUGAACUUUUUCCAAAUGCACUCCAAUCUCUGAAGUCUUUUGAAACUAUGCCGCAUACAAUUUAAGUAGACCUUUAGUGUUGAUAAAUC